CAAAACCAGGACACCUCACAGCAACCGGCACAAAGUACACAAUGCUCCGAAACAGUCGCCUUGCAUCGCGGCUCGCCCGCACAGGCAUUCUUCAAGCCCGCACACCCGCAUCCCCGCACACUUCCUACCUACACCAACAGCAUCCAUCAUCUCUCCUAUCAUCAUCACCAUCAUCACCAACAACACCAACAAUCAACACCUUCCGCCUCGCCUCCACAACAACCGACACCACCCCCGACAUAACCAACCACUACACGAUCUUCAAACAAACCCUCCCGGCCGGCCCACCCCCAUCCUCCCCCUUCGACAUCCCCACCGCCGACCUCCGCCGCGAAUUCCUCCGCUGGCAAUCCCUCAUCCACCCCGACAAAUACCCACAGGGUCCCCAAAAGCAACAAGCGGAGGCGCUAUCAGCGCGCAUCAACGAAGCAUACCGCACCCUGCUGGACCCGCUGCAACGGGCGCAGUACCUUCUGCGCGAGAUGCACGGGAUAGAUGUCACGGCGGAGGAUGGGGCAUCGAAGCAUGCGUUGGAUGCGGAGACGUUGAUGGAGGUCAUGGAGGUGCAGGAGACGAUUGAGGAGGUGACGGAUUCCGGGGAGGAUGCUGCGGCUGCGGAGCAGAAGAUCAAUGAGUUGAAGUUGGAGAAUCAGGGGAGGGUGGAGGAGUGUGUGAGGGUUCUUGGGGAGGCGUUUGAUAAGGGGGAUGUUGAGUUGGCGAGGAGGGAGUGUGUUAAGUUGAGGUUUUGGUAUAGUGUCGGUGAGGGGUUGAGGGAGUGGGAGCCGGGGUGUAGGGAGAUUAGGUUGGUUCAUUAG